AUGGCAGCUACAUUUGCAGUGCCUGCACCAAAAUCUUCAAUUUUGCAGAACCCAUUAGCUUCGAGAGAACUCAAUACUGGAUUUGUUAGUGGAUUGCCAUUAAAGGGUCUUUGUUUUCAGUUGAAACCCAGAAAAAAUAGAGGUGGAAAUGAUGUCACUUUGGUGGUUUCCGCCGCUUCAAGCACCGUUAGCGGCGGCGAUGGUGGUGGCAGAUUUUACUUCAAUUUCACUGGGUUUCCGUUUCCUCUUGGCCCUUUUCUCAACAGGCGGACUAUCAGAUACGAGGCUGUGAAAGGUAGCGUAUGGCUAUUCGAACAAGAGCAAGCACUGGGCUUCAGCAGUGUCUCAACAAAUAUUCGGAUGACGGUUAUCAAGCUCAAAUCUGGUGGAUUAUGGGUUCAUGCACCAAUUGCUCCAACCAAGGAAUGCAUCCAGCUUGUGAAAGAGUUAGGAGCUCCAGUGGAAUAUAUUAUCCUGCCUACAUUUGCAUAUGAGCAUAAAAUAUUCGUUGGUCCAUUUUCAAGGAAGUUCCCUAAGGCUCAGGUAUGGGUGGCACCAAGACAAUGGAGCUGGCCUUUGAAUUUGCCACUCGAAUUUUUUGGGAUAUUCCGUGCCAAAACAUUGAAAGAUGAGGAUUUGUCGACGCCAUGGGCUGAUGAAAUUGAACAAAAAGUCCUAAGCUCCCCUGAAGUUGGAAUUGGACCAUAUGUUGAGGUAGCAUUCUAUCAUAAGCGUUCACGGACACUGCUAGUAACCGAUGCUGUGAUAUAUGUCCCUAGACAACCACCUGAAUGUAUUAGCAAAGAAUCGUUAUUAGCAUCCGCAAAAAAUGGUUUAGCUGUCAAAAUUCUUAGUAAAGGAAAGGAAGUCCCUGAAGAACCCGUUGUUGACAACAACAUGAACCGACAAAAGGGAUGGGAAAGAAUGGUUCUUCAGAUCUUGUUCCUUGGUCCCUCAAAUCUUUUGGAGCCGAAUGCUAGCUUUUCUCAAAUGUCACAGAAGAUUAUCGUUUCGCCUAUUGUUAAGACUUUAGUGUUCAGUAAAGUACCUGAAAAGGUCAGAGAUUGGAUUGAUAGAAUCGUUCGAGACUGGAGGUUCAAGAGAAUAAUCCCUGCUCAUUUUGCUGCCCCAAUCAACGCAGGCAAGUCAGACUUCUUAGGAGCAUUUGCAUUUCUUGACGACCUCUUGGGUGAGCGCUAUGUCACGCGGCCUUCCCUGUCCCUUCUAUUCACGUCGCUUUUGGGAAAGGCGGCCAGUUACUUCCCUCCAGAUGACAUGAGGACCUUAUCGUCUCUUGAUCAGUUCUUGGUCUCUGUAGGAGCUGUGAAGAAGACUGUUUCAGAAGACAAAAAAUGGUACAGACGUAAUAUACGUUGCUUGCACGUUCUCUCUAAAAGAUCAACGGAAAUUGUUCAGAUACAAAAAGAUAUAAAUAAAGGAGAAGAGGGCCAGGAAAAGGGGAAAAGGAGAUUAUCUGUUUGCAGCUGGUGA